CUCAAUCCUUUUCUCUCUCUUUUGUGUGUGCUUCUCUGACUACGCGCUCUUUCUGCUGUAGCAUCAAAUCGUAAUCGUUCAUAAAUUUCGUCUUUUUAUCGAAUCACAACCACUGCAAUUCGGUUUCAUAUCGAUGCCCCGAGUGAUCUCGGGUUUCGGAUCCAGGUCGGCGCGGUGGGCAUCGGCUCACUGUUGUAGAAGCGAUGCGGUUCGUGUCGGAUUCCAUGGAUGAGAUUCGGUUUACUGCGGAUUUCGGCUUCGAUGAGCGUUUCUAGGAGUGCAGGCUUGGGAAUGCUCGGAUUUGACUUCGAGGGCUCUGAGUUUUGAUCGAAUUGGGGUUCGAUUAGAGUUUCUGGUGGAGUUUUGGUUGAUUUGGGAGAGGCAGGGGAAGCAGUCAUGUUCUAUGGUGCAGUAGCGUGGGACCCUUGGCUCAUUGUUGCCCAAAUUGUCUGUCUUCAAUGCUUGUAUUACCUCACGCUAGGGUUGUUCCUGUCGCUCCUCGUCGGGACUCGAGUCUCGCGCAUGAGCCUCGUCUACUUCUUUGACUUUGCGGCUGUGUCCACGUCCACGGUGACUGGGUGGUCCGUCAUCGCUUGUUUCGUGCUCACUGCAGUUGCAGGAGCUGGAUAUAUGCUUUAUCUAAUUGAGAGGGCUAAGAAAUGCCCGGACUUUUCUGCCACUUUAUUUAUCAUUCAUCUCUUGAUAUGCAUCAUAUAUGGAGGUUGGCCUUCCUCAAUAACGUGGUGGGUAGUUAAUGGCACUGGACUUGCAGUGAUGGCUCUACUAGGUGAAUAUUUGUGCAUCAAGCGUGAACUGCGGGAAAUUCCCAUUGCACGGUAUCGUCCACCUGUUUGACCAACUGGAGAAGCGCUACCAACAAAAACAAGUUUCAUUGGAGUAUAUGGGCUAUUCCUCUGGAUGAUGCUCUGGAUGCUAUCCUAUACCAAAUUAGGAUAGGUUAGAUUGUGCACGAUGGUUGUAGACCAAAUCGACAACAACAAUGAGCAUGCUGGGGUCAGAAUUGUGCUCGUGGGAUAAGGUCAAGCUGAUGAAAAUGAUUGUUUUGGAUAUUUUUUAAUAUGCAAUUAGUUGUCUUUGAGAAAUCGAUGCCAAUUGUGCUUCUUGCAAUUAUUGGUAAGGAUGAAAUGUCCAGUCUUAGAGUCCAUACCUUUCAAAUGAAAUUUUCAUUAUUUUCUGCAACUUAAGCAUGUCAACUUUUGGUUUGAAGGGUGCUGUCUGAGUAAUCGUGGAUUGACUGACGUAGACUAUCGAGAACACGCUUGUGUCAAUAAAAGGUUGAGCCUCUUUAACCAGCUGAACUUAUUAAUGAGAGGGACUUCCAUGCCUGCUUCUA